AUGGAUCAACGGUUGUUUCACGCAGCAUGGAAUGGGGAUGCUGAUUAUCUUCUGAAAGAACUAGAAACGAAUCCAUCUAUGCUCCAUGCUGUGGCAUUGGAGGGUGGUGAAAAUCCGUUACACAUUGCUUGUCUGGCUGGACAUCUCAACUUUGCAGUAACAGUUGUAAAAGUGAGGCAAAGAUUUUCCAGGGAGCUUAACCAACACGGUUUUAGCCCGUUGCACAUUGCAGCUGCUUGUGGUCAUGGAGAAUUGGUAAAGGAGCUUCUGAAAGUGGACAUUGGGUUGACUUUGAUAAAAGGAAAAGAUAGAAGAAUUCCCCUUCAUUUGGCUGUGAUCAAAGGGAAUGUGGAAAUUGUUAGAGACCUGCUUUUGUCUAGUUUAGAUUCUGUUGAAUGUAUAACUGCACAAGGUGAGACGUCGAUUCAUUUAGCAGUGAAGUAUAACCAAUUUGAAGUUUUUCAAGUCUUGGUUGAGCAUCUAAAGCAAGAAAAUAAGGAAGAUCACCUUAAUUAUAAGGACUUUCAUGGGAACACAGUGUUGCACCUUGCCGUCUCAAGGAAGCAAUAUGAGUUUCUUCUUUUAUACAUGGUUGAGUUUUUACUAAAUGGACAAGUUACUAGCCAAGAGAAGUUGGAGUUGAAUUCAUUAAACAAUACUGGUUUAACUCCUCUUGAUAUGCUACUGAUGUUUCAAAGUGAAGCUGGUGAUUGAUAGCUCGAGGAGCUUCUCAUUGAAGCUGGGGCAAUAAAAGCGGAAAAUCAACAAGUUUUAGUAGAUAGACAAGAAGAAAGACUAAAUCAUGAAGAUACAGGACACGAAACUCGAUCUCCAUCUAAAAGUUUGUUAGAAUACUUCAAAUACAACAAUCUCAAAGAUUCUCCUAGCAUGGUAAGAAAUACCCUUCUCAUGGUAGUUAUUCUUAUCACGACUGCAACCUAUCAACCCAUACUUAAUCCUCCCGGAGGUAUUUGGCAGGACGAUUUUAAUCCAUUUAUAGGAAAUAAUACGAUCUCAUCUUUUAUGAAUAACACCACUGCUGCAAAAUCUCAUACUGCUGGCAGAGCUAUUAUGGGUACUCAUAACCUGAUAUCCUAUAGUAUAUUUCUCUUUGCCAAUUCUGUCGGCUUCUACACCUCUACUUACAUGAUCUAUGUACUGACUGUGGCUUUCCCUUUGCGGCUGGAAUUGCAUAUUUCAAUGUUUGCACUUGCUACAACCUACAGUACAUGCAUGAGCGCCAUUGCGCCAAAUACUCUGGUAUCAUAUGCUUUUACAGGCAUCUCGGUUCUUCUGCAGGUCAUGAUUCCAGUUACUACCAUGUUUUUGAGAGAUCAUCUCCUGAGGCCUAGAAAUGCAUCACCUUAAUCCCUAUUAGUACUAGGGAUUUUAAUUAAACAAUAUUGUAUGCAUUAUACAGUACAAUCAUAUAAUGCACAUAUUGUUGUGUAUGACAAAAAAAUGUUGUAAACUGUUCUCGUUCCUUAUGACUAUAUCAGGCAUCAGCUAUGAUUUUAAAUGUUAUCUUAUUCAAAGUACGUAAAUGAUGCAACUCGAUAUGUUAUUAUGGAUUAUCAUUUUUAGUCUUAGUCUUAUCUUCAUUUAUAUUCAUAUAAUUCAUGAUUAUCAA